AUGUUCGUUGAUACUAUUGUCGAAGGAAAAUUUCCAGUCAAAGCAUUAAUUGAUACAACAUCUAAAUACAAUACUAUUAGCAAGCACUUGUUCGAUAAGCUUGAAGAAAAUUAUGGAAUAUGUCAUAUCUGUGAUCCUGUUAAGAUUCUCUAUGUGAAUGUAAUAGCCUUUCAAAUUCACAAAAAUCCAUCAUUCGAUCUGGUAUUAGGACAAGAAUGGUUAUGGAUGCAUAAAGCAAAAAUAAGCUUUGAAUUUUCUCCCAAAGCCCAUAGCCACCAUGCUAAAAUUGUAAUAAAUGGUAUGAGUAUCCUAUUAAUCGAUAAAGAUUUUAACAUAAACAGCUUCACUAAAAAUAACUCAUCCAAUUCGGCGAAAUCUAAAGCUGGUCUAGCUCAAGAGGAGGUUAUGAAUAUAAUUAACAAAAUUAUCUCAAAUAUUGAAGAUCAUAAGUGGCGAAAGAGAUAUCAUGGUAAUAAACUUCUUAUACCUCCAACACCCAGAAGAUUGGACAAUAAUGCUCUCAAGAAUAGCGAGACUACCAAGAAUAAGAAAUACCCUAAAGUAGAUUUAGGUGAUGGAGGAAAGUUACCAUGGAUAAAAUCUAAGACAGAGACUAGUUCAUCCAGUUCUGAUUUAGAAUUCACAG